GUCAAGGAGACAAGGCAGACAAGGCAGAUUAAAUUAGAAGUGGACCAGAGGAAAAACCAACACUCUGACUGCACUGGUUGGGCUUAAGAAAGACUGUUGUAUAAGGAUCCAUGUAAGAUUAUAACUAUCACCUGUUUUAAAAUGGAAUUGAGUAGUUACAGAUUUUGCUCAAGUUUUUUUGUGUAAGAAAAGAUCAGACCGUUUAAAUGUUAAAUGUGAAGACUUUGAAAAGUUGUGCAACAUACAAUUCAUAAUAAAGCUGGAUGUCUUAGAGUUAAUGCUACUGCUCCGUUCGGAAAUAUCGGCACCACUGCACGCCCCCUGGUGGUGAACACCGCAGUGCCCUGUCAGGGUCUGAUAACCACAGAAGCCAUACAGCCCAUCUCCGUGUCAGGGAUCAACCCCGAGGAUCCCCAGAUGAUGUCACGAAGCCCACGCCCCCAAGAAUUCGUUACAAGGUGAAACAUGAGCCCACCCAUCUGAAUGAAAAAUGGGCUGGUGACUGUGGCUGUCGGUAUGGUGUACCUUGGCUGGUGACUGCGGCUGUCGGUAUGGUGUACCUUGGCUGGUGGCUUCGAGGGAAGGUAGCUCAAUAGUUGCCAUCAUAUUAUUCAAUUCAAUUUAUUUUUAUAUAGAGCCUUUCUCAACACAGUCGCCCCAAGGCGCUUUACAUGGGUGUUAUGCAUUCCUACAUCAUUUGUACACAAUAAGGAAAAGGAAAGACCAAAAAAUGACAGACAAAGAAAACUAGAUGACAAUGGAGAAGAGGAAUCAAGAACAAAACAAAGAAACAAAACCUCUGGGGAUCCAAGGUGAACUGGUUGCCCCCCCCGCCCCACAGAAAGAGUGGACUUGCUUGCUAAAAACAAGGUGUAAGCUGUGAGUAAGGUCAAGCCAAAGUCCAUCAAUGAGUUCCCCAAUGCCGGCCUGUGUAGGGUAGGGGAUUGAAGUCUACACUCACAGUGUUUCAGUUCGUGAGUUACAUCCACGAUGUCACCCCUCCAUGAGACUAAACCAGCAUUCCGCCUCAGAUGGUGCCCACCCCAGGCACCAUCCGGACAUGUGAGAAGGAAAACAGAGAACAAGGGGGGUCAGAACAUGCACUGACACAUUAAUGGACAAGCAUAGUAAAUAAAAAUGGCAUGCACUGCAGCACCAGCAACAUAGUUACAGUGUGUUAGGUAUUAUUAUGCUUUGACUGAGUAUGAAAUACGAUGGUUUACAACCAAAAGGUUGUCAUUUUUUUACUGCAAGUGAAGUUGCAUUUGCAGUGUCAUUUUAAUUGAGUCACUGUAUUGUGUUGAGUAUCGAAAAUGAUAUUAAAUUUCAAUGCUUCUCUUAUCGAAGUUGGAAAUUUUGGUAUCGUGACAAACUCAAAUGAAGGAAGAGGAUGUAAGGAGCGGGCACUGAUUACAGUGAAGACGUAACCUCAAAAUUUCCGAUUUAUAUUGCAAUUGUAAUAAAUCUUUUUGUGUUCAAAGUGUAUGUUGCCAUCUAGUGUUGGAAACCAUUACAUAGUUCUUUUUAAUCGGGAUAUUCAGCAGAAUGAACAGAGGGGGCCCAAGGUGGAUAAUUUGUCAUGGAAACCAGAAUUUCGUAUAUUUUUGUAUAUUAGAAUUUAAUAUAUUUUAUUAGGUAUUGCGGUUGCACCUAUGUUUUCUAACUAUUAUAUGGACCGACUUCUUCUCAUGUAAUGUAAACUUUACUUAGCAAUCAAUUUGCUUUAAGCAAUUAAACAUUUUAUUUUAAAGAUCAUAACAUCUUAUUCUAGUUAGGAUCCGGAAGGAGAUAUAUUACAAUUGUAUUUCCUGAACAGCUUUAAAAUUAGUGUUCUUGAAAAAAAGUCUAACAAAUCUUUAAUGUAAAUGUUGCAAUCUCUGAUGUUUUGCCAGCAUGUUAUAGUGUUUGUUUGGUUAGAUGGUGUGAGUGACUGAAUGAUAAUGAAUUUAAUAUUUGAUUGUUACCGAAGAGCUAUUUGUUGACAUCUGUCAAACUUUUUUUUUCUGCGAACACCACACCCUGUUCUUAUUCUGAUACGCAGCGGUGGCAUGUCCUUUUCAUCCAAUCGCCUGUUGGCAUCUUGAGCGGCGCGUAGAAGUCAACCAAUCAUUGAGCUGUAUUAAAUAACAUUACCGGGUAUUCCCCCUCCCUCCAGACCCAGCAGCCAAGUCAAAGCUUCCAGACGAGAAGUUAAGCAUUCUUCUCACUGGGGAAGCGCAAUAGUAACUAGAAUGUAUAUGAGGCCGGAGGAAUAAUUCUGGUAAAGAUGACCUUCUAGGAGACCUGACAACUGGGUUCCUCCUGCAGGGGAUAUUGACCACCAUCUCGGUGAGGCCCCACGGAAAGAGGCCCUUCAGUGGUAAAUCUACUCACUGCCGCUGGUCACCGUCUCCGAGUCGAAGAGCUGAGGGCAUCCAUGGAUGGUCCUCCAGCGGUAGGCUGCCCGGCCUCAGGCUCUGCCUCAGGGGCCCCAUCUCUAGAUUGACUUCGUCGGCAGCACGUGGCUUGACCAGCCUGCGGCAGCGCAUGUCACGUGUCCGAAGCGCCCUGGACUCUGUAUCCAAAGCUGUGACUGGGACACCCGCCAAACUCCUCUCGAAGAUAGGUCGCCUCAAACCCGGGAUUGCCUUGGCCGGGAAGGGAGUCCCAUUAAAGCCGGAGGCCAUACACAAGCAGCCGGAGAGCAAAAGUGACACCCGGAAGGGUGCAAAAGAUCAGACUGACUCGGACCGGGCAGCCCAGCAGGGCGUACAGCCAUCGCAAGCAAACUACUUCAGCGCCAACCUGGAUGAGACGUACGACUCUCUAGCCAGCCACGUCAACGCGUAUUUUGGGAGUGGUGCUGCAGUGCAGGACGGACAGGCCAGCCGGGGUAACUCUGACCCCAGCAGGUCACAUGUGACCGACGCGUGCCCCAUUCCUGCUCUUGUGCCUGUGUCUGACAGUCGCACUUCGAAGUUGGCCCCCACUUCUUCUUCACCUCUUCCUGCUGCACCCCCGCUGACACUGGAGUCCAGUGCAUCACUCAGGCGGGGCAUAGGGCAGUACCUUUCAUACCCUGUGCCCAGCGUGCAGGCUCUUCUGGGGAGCUACUUUGCUGCGCUGGUCCCCAGACUCCGCUCAGAGCCCAAAGUGAUGAUGGGGGAGAAGGACAAGCCACCCGCAGCUGAAGAUGCUGCCUCAGAGCAGCAGGAAGUCACCGAGGACGAGGGGCAGAAGGCAGCCGACGAUAAGGCCAAGCAGCUGCUGCUGCAGAGGGAGAAGAUCAUAGCCCGGGUGAGUGUGGACAACCGAACCAGGGCCUUGGUACAGGCCCUGCAAAGAGCUUCGGAUGUCAAGCUCUACAUCCGUAGGGUGGAGGAGCUCAGCUGUCACCUGCUGGAGUUCCCGGAGACAAAGGGCGUGGCCGUCAAGGAGAAGGCAGUCCCAUGCCUUCUGCGUCUCCGCCAGGCCGGGGACCCCAUUCUGCAGGCUGCUGUGAGACAGGCUCUGGCCCUCGUGGGAUACACAGACCCAGUGAAGGGCCGCGGCAUACGCUUACUGUCCAUUGAUGGCGGAGGAACCAGGGGGUUAGUUGCCCUCCAGACGCUGCACAAGCUGGAAAGCCUGACGGGGAAGCGCAUCCACCAGCUGUUCGACUACAUCUGUGGAGUGAGCACAGGGGCCAUCUUGGCCUUCAUGCUGGGUGUUUUCCAGAUCCCCCUGGAUGAGUGUGAGGAGAUGUACCGGCGCCUGGGCUCCGACGUCUUCAAGCAGAACGUCAUCGUGGGCACGGUGAAGAUGAGCUGGAGCCACGCUUUCUACGACAGCGAGGUCUGGGAGUCCAUCCUCAGAGAGAGAAUGGGCUCUGAACUCAUGAUCAAGACGGCGAGGAAGCAGGGGUGCCCGAAGGUGGCAGCAGUGAGCACCAUCGUGAACAGAGGGACCCCACUGAAGGCCUAUGUCUUCAGGAACUACAACCUGCCCUCAGGGGUGCGCUCCCACUAUCUGGGGGGCUGUGAGCACAAGCUGUGGCAGGCUAUCCGGGCCUCUUCUGCUGCCCCCGGCUACUUCCAGGAAUUCCUCCUGGGGAACGACCUUCACCAGGACGGCGGCCUGCUGAUCAACAACCCGACAGCGCUGGCGAUCCACGAGUGCAAGUGUCUGUGGCCCAACACGCCGGUGCAGUGCGUGGUCUCGCUGGGGACCGGCCGCUUCGAGAGCGCCAGCCGCAACAGCGCCACCUACACCAGCCUGAAGACCAAGCUCACCAACGUCAUCAGCAGUGCCACGGACACGGAGGGUGGGUGACCGCCGGGACAAGUCAGCUGAGCAUGUGCCCCACCUCCCCAGGACUGACUAUCGUCCUGUGUCGGGGUGUUUAAUCCCAGUCAAAAGUUUGUACACACCUACCUAUAGAAAGGUUUAUUUGUAUUUAUUUGUCUAUUCUCUACAAUUUAGAAUUAUUAUAAAGACAUCAAAAUUCCAUGUUAUUUUAUGUACUGACCAAAAAAAAUUAACUUGUAAUUUGUUUGGGGGGGAGCAGGUCUGUGGGUUGGGACUCAGAAGAUUGCUGGUUUAAAAUCCCUGGGUCGGCAGAGUGAUCCCACCAUUGGGCCCUUGAGCAAGGCCCUUAACCCCAUUACAGUUUGGCACAAGCUAACAUCCCGAACGCCAGGACAUGUGUUUUUCUGGAAAGUUUAGGGCAGAUCUACAGACUAUUCCAUUCGGUACCCAUGGCAGAGAGUGAUUAUUCCAUAGCUGAGCUCAGCCCAGCCUGCUGCUUUCCUUGGUCGCCUGUCCCCGUGCCGACAUUCCUGUUGCUUCUGUAUACGUUGCAGGUUUUUUGUUAUGACUUUUGGUCAAAGUCCGCUUUAUUUGGGGAGAUUAAUCAUGUUCCAACUCGAAUACGGCAGGUCUGUAGGUCCACUCCACAUGUAUAAACACGCAAGUACCUUGUUACCUGUUGUGAUUAAUGGCUAUUCGCAGGUUAAUGUAUCAGAUUGCUUCCAUACCUGAGACUUAGCCACAGCAUACCUGUUAACCUCGGCCACCAUUAUGCAAACGCCAGCCAACAUGCUUUGGGUACACUCGGUGUGGGGUUACCAGGGCGUCUGCAGGCCCUCCUGCGCCCGCCAACAUGCUUUGGGUACAUUCGGUGCUGGGUUACCAGGGCGUCUGCAGGCGCUCCUGCGCCCGCCAACAUGCUUUGGGUACACUCGGUGCGGGGUUACCAGGGCGUCUGCAGGCCCUCCUGCGCCCGCCAGCAUGCUUUGGGUACAUUCGGUGCUGGGUUACCAGGGCGUCUGCAGGCGCUCCUGCACCCGCCAACAUGCUUUGGGUACAUUCGGUGCGGGGUUACCAGGGCGUCUGCAGGCCCUCCUGCGCCCGCCAACAUGCUUUGGGUACAUUCGGUGCUGGGUUACCAGGGCGUCUGCAGGCCCUCCUGCGCCCACCAACAUGCUUUGGGUACAUUCGGUGCUGGGUUACCAGGGCGUCUGCAGGCCC